GCUCUUUUGUCUCAAUGGGCAGAGACUGAAAGCAACCGCUGCUGCCCGGAGGGCCGAACUGGAGGGUGGGCGCAGCCGUGGCUGCCUAGGGAACCGUGCUGCCUCAACUCGGCUACCCCUUGCUGGGCGGUCAUGCGAAGCACUCGCUAGGUCUGGCAGUCCCGGGUCGCUUAGCGGCCGAGGAGGCGCCAGAGAUGUUCCCCUGCAGAGCUACGGGGACCGGAAGGCGAAACAGAGCUGUCGACGCGGGAGCACAUGCUGCCUACCAGUGGAGCGCAGGUAAAGAAAGAGCGCGCGAUUGCCUGGCGCGGAGAGGGGUGGGGGAAGCCCCGCCAGGACUGGGCGGCGCCGGGCUUGGAGAAUCAGUAACUGCGAGGCAGGGGAUGGAGCAUUCCCUUGGCCUGGUUGCGCUGAGGAAGGAGUUGUGGUUCAUCUGGAUGCUGCCAACUGGGUAGGAUUUAGGAUUUGCCUGGAUUAAGGUCAUCAAAGCCAAAUCCGAACUUGGAUUCUGAGCGGCGGAUUGCAGAGCUGUCUUUGAGGCCCUGAGGACUGGGACAUGCGACCCCCAGUGGACAAAAGUCGGCUCUACCCCAGAGGUUAAUUUUCUCGCGGCAGGCACCUGUUGCAGAGGCUGCACGUAAAAUAAAGGUGAACGCUAGUUUCCGAGUUCAUGUAAGAAUCUGAGAAAUAACGGGGUAAACGUUGACAAGGGGAUGUGAUUGAGACCUGAGGCCAUGAGGUUAAUGGUUUCUUAUUACCAUAAAUCUGUGACCCACAACCAUUGAGUUCCGUUUUGAGGGCCCAGUAUAAGCUCCAAACACUAUGUCAUCUAGAAUUAGAAGCAACAGUUGUCGCCCCUCCUGGAGUACAGACAGGAGUGGAUGGAUGUGGCUCUGAAAAACUACCUACUAGUCCAGGGAAACCUGCUAGCUCUGGAAUGUUGUAAUUGCCAGUCUCCUGCAGGGUAUUGUUAAGGCACUGGGCAGAUAUAAAAUGCACUACAACGUUAUUCAGGAAGAUCGAGAAUGCUACUGCAGACUGCUUCGCCACAGCCCACUCACUAUCUUAUUAACCGUUUUUAUUUUCCUUAGAAUCCCUACUGAAAUACAAGGCAGGCACAGCCCAUGAACGUUGCUUUGGAGAAUCCUGCAGAUAAGGCUUUUCCAAAAAGUGCGAGUAUCUUGUUGUAUUCAGAUACCCUGUCGUCGUCAGUCAUGGCUAGCAUCAUUGCGCGUGUGGGUAACAGCAGGCAGCAGAAUGCACCUUUGCCGCCUUGGGCCCAUUCCAUGUUGAGGUCUCUGGGGAGAAGUCUUGGUCCUUUAGUGGUCAACAUGGCAGAGAGAAACAUGAAGUUGUUCUCGGGGAGAGUGGUGCCAGCCCAGGGGAAAGAAACCUUUGAAAACUGGCUGAUCCAAGUCAAUGGGGUCCUGCCAGAUUGGAGUAUGUCUGAGGAGGAAAAACUCAAGCGCUUGAUGAAAACACUUAGGGGCCCUGCCCGGGAGGUCAUGGGUUUGCUUCAGGCGGCCAACCCCAACCUAAGUGUAGCAGAUUUCUUGCGGGCCAUGAAAUUGGUGUUUGGGGAGUCUGAAAGCAGUGUGACUGCCCAUGGUAAACUUGUUAACACCCUGCAGGCACAAGGGGAGAAAGCCUCCCUUUAUGUGAUCCGUUUAGAGUUGCAGCUCCAGAGUGCUAUUCAGGCUGGCAUCCUAGCUGAGAAAGAUGCAAACCAGACUUGCUUGCAACAGCUUCUUUUAGGCGCUGAGCUGAAUAGGGACCUGCGCUUCAGGCUUAAAAUUAAGCAUCUUCUCAGGAUGUAUGCAAAUGCGCAGGAGCGGCUUCCCAAUUUCCUGGAGUUAAUCAAGAUGAUAAGGGAGGAAGAGGAUUGGGAUGAUGCUUUUAUUAAAUGGAAGAGGCCGAAAAGGUCUGGGCCAAUAAUGGAGAAGGCAGCCAGCCCUGUGGCAUUUCAGGGCGCCCAGCCAAUAGCAAUCGGCAGUGCUAACUGUAACUGCAACGUGAUAAAAAUAGAUGAUACCCUUGAUGACUCCGAUGAGGAUGUGAUCCUGGUGGUGUCUCUGGACCCUCCACUGACACCCACAGGUGUCCCUCCCUUCAGAGGAAGAGCCAGACCUCUGGAUCCAGUGCUGGUUAUUGAUUCCCCCAACAAUUCUGGGGCUCAGUCCCUUUCUACCAGUGGUGGUUCUGGGUAUAAGAAUGAUGGUCCUGGGAAUAUUUGUAGAGCCAGGAAGCAAAAAUACACAAUCUGCUGUUCAUAUUGUGGUGAGGAGGGCCACUCGGAAGAAACCUGUGACAAUGAGAGCAACAAGGCCCAGGUUUUUGAGAAUCUGAUCAUCACCCUGCAGGAGCUGACACAUACAGAGGACAGGUCAAAAGACGUCCCUGGAGAACACAGUGAUGCUUUUGAGCCACAGUAAGGAUCUAGACCCAGCCCUAAAUGAGUUCUUAACUGUAUUCAGAGUAAUGGGAAUAACAGGAGAGGAGGGUGGGUUUCUAACUGCAUGAAUCCACAAAGCAGUUUUCCUUUGGGAAAGAGGUCUUGCAUACCAGCACAGUGGAGGGAAAUGGUGUGACCUCUGUCCCUGGUCCCUUCUCUGCUGGCUUAAGAGUCUAUUCUCCAUGUGUCUAUUUCUUUGAUGACUUUCUACUUUUUAUGAUAGGAGCAUCUUUUCAAUAAACCUUCAAAAAUAAAGGAAGAUACAAAAACUAAAGUACAAAUUACCUGAAACUCAGCACCCUUUUGUAACCAUUGUCAGCCCUUUGGUGAAUGUCCUUCCAGAUAUCUCCCUGUACCUGUGUACCCAGAUAGAUACAUGUAUAGAUAAGAGUGAUCAAAUAUAAGCGCUGUUCUAUACUAUUUUUUACCAAAUAAUGUAUCCUGUGGACUUCUAUGUCAAUGAAUAUAUAUAAACAUCU